UUUGCGAUUGUACGUAUUUAAUCUGCGACCAGCGGUACAUCUGCGCCGCACAACCGGAUUGCAAACAGUCAAGAAAACAGAGGGACAAAUCAUUUUGUAUUUCUAUUCAAAGCGACUGAAACCUGCAUUGGACGUCUUAAUUUUUUUCUUAAACCAGUAGGACUGAAACUCUGAGAUGUCUCUGGCAGAUGAGCUCCUGGCUGAUCUGGAGGAGGCCGGAGAUGAGGGAGAGGAUGGGCUGUACCCAGAAGAAGAGAGGGACAGUGAUGGAGAGCCGAACCAGGGAAGUGCAGACGGAGGGCUGGAAGACAUCCCAGAGGAGAUGGAGGUGGACUACAGUAAAGCUGAGAGCGUUGCGUCUAUUGCAAAGCUUCGCAAUAGCAAACAGUUUUCAGAGAUAAUGGACAAAAUUUCUGAAUAUAUUGGGAAGCAGCGUAAGAACUCAGAGGUCUCAGGCCCAGUCGAGGCCGACCCAGAAUACAGACUGAUAGUCGCAGCUAAUAACCUCACAGUGGAGAUCGACAACGAGCUCAAUAUCAUCCACAAGUUUACCAGGGACAAAUACUCCAAGAGGUUUCCAGAGCUGGAGUCUCUGGUGCCGGAUUCUUUGGAUUACAUCCGUACUGUCAAGGAGCUGGGAAACAAUCUGGAGAAAUGCAAAAACAAUGAGACGCUGCAGCAAAUCCUUACCAACGCCACCAUUAUGGUUGUCAGUGUCACAGCCUCAACCACACAGGGGUCGUUGCUGAGUGAGGAUGAACUGAAGCAGCUGGAGGAGGCGUGCGACAUGGCCCUGGAGCUGAACCAGUCUAAACACAGGAUUUAUGAAUAUGUAGAAUCCAGAAUGUCAUUCAUUGCACCAAACCUGUCCAUCAUUGUUGGAGCAUCAACAGCUGCAAAGAUCAUGGGUAUCGCCGGAGGCCUCACUAACCUGUCAAAGAUGCCAGCCUGUAACUUGAUGCUGCUGGGAGCGCAGAGGAGAACCCUCUCUGGCUUCAGCAGCACCUCUCUGCUCCCUCACACCGGCUUCAUCUAUCACUGCGAUGUUGUGCAGUCAUUGCCACCUGAUCUCAGGAGGAAGGCAGCUCGUCUGGUGGCUUCAAAAUGCACUCUGGCCGCAAGAGUGGACAGUUUCCACGAGAGUUCAGAUGGCAAGGUUGGCUAUGAUCUAAAAGAAGAAAUAGAAAGGAAGUUUGAUAAAUGGCAGGAGCCUCCACCCGUGAAGCAAGUCAAACCACUGCCAGCCCCGCUGGAUGGACAGAGGAAGAAGAGAGGAGGAAGGAGGUACCGAAAGAUGAAAGAGCGUCUCGGGCUGACUGAGAUCAGAAAACAUGCCAACAGGAUGACCUUUGCAGAGAUUGAAGAUGAUGCGUAUCAGGAGGAUCUGGGCUUCAGUCUGGGUCAGCUGGGGAAGAGCGGCAGUGGCAGAGUCAGGCAGGCUCAGGUCAACGAGGCCACCAAAGCCAGGAUCUCCAAAUCCCUCCAGAGGACGUUGCAGAGGCAGAGCAUGACAUAUGGAGGAAAGUCCACAGUCAGAGAUCGUUCUUCAGGAACCAGCUCCAGCGUAGCAUUCACACCUCUCCAGGGGCUGGAGAUUGUGAACCCGCAGGCUGCAGAGAAGAAGGUGGCUGAAGCUAACCAGAAAUAUUUCUCUAACAUGGCAGAGUUCCUCAAAGUCAAGAAGGAAGCUAAGAUGUGAAGACAUACGGACGCCCUGCACAUGGACAGUUGCACAGUUGUGAAAGUAUAUUUUAAAAUUUGGCUCACCUCGUGUUAUUUUUUUAUUUUUUGAAACUUGUUUCGACUUGAGGUUUUUUUCCCCAUCUAAAUAAAAUAUAGAGUUCACUUUGUAGGUAUGUGUUUUUUCUAAAAACAAAAAACAGGAGCCUCCUCUGUGACAUUUGAAUUUAUACCUGUUUGUUUUGAUCUUCUAUUUCGAGUGAAACUGAACUAAUUAUGUUGAAUUUUGAGUUAAUACAGAGUUUAUUUUUACUGAAAGUAAAACUGCUACGAAUAAGAUAAAAUCCCCACGGUCACUUUAUUAGGAACUUGCUAGUACUGGGUUGGACUCUUUGUCAUCAGAACUAGUUUACAUUUUUAUGGAUCUGAUUCAACAAGGUGAUGGAAACGAUCACACAGGUGCUGUAGUUAUCAGCUAAUGAUCUAAAUCUCAUGUUUCACCACAUUUCAAAGGCAACUGUGAAGAUCAUUUGAGCUUUGUCAAAUGUCAUCGUAACCUACUGGAAGCAGGUUAAGUUGCUAUGACCACAGUGUACCCAUCGCUGUGUCAUAAAGGGACACGGUCAGCAACAGAACAGGCUUUGCUUUGUGAGGAAAGCAGAUGCAACAAGGUUGCAUCAUUUUACAGGUAAUUUAGGUUUUUGCUUUGUGUAGCUACCAAACAGCACUAUGACAGUUAUUUAAAUCUGCAAGUAAUGUGUAGUUACUUUGAUGGGCAAGUGCAUGUCAGGUGUGCUUACUGUAACUGAAGCUAAACGCAGCAGAUCUUAAUAUUAUUUUUCUUAUGUCAUCUGGUAUUUCUGGGGACACCAAAAAACAAAACAAAUUAAAGGUGAUGGAAAAUAUGUGGAUCCAUAUUCCAUGUAGGAAUGACAGGACUUUACGCCACACACUGAUGGAUAAUUUCUUAAAAGUAUUUAUUGAAAUUUUACAAUCCUGUUAUAACCCCAUUUAUGACAUCUCCCAUGCAGAACUGUGAUGAGAAAAAUUGUAAAUAUGUGUUGAAAUUCACAUUUUAGCAGUUUCACUGACCUUUCUGUAAACCUUAAAAGCCCAAAAAAUAGAAUCUAUAAAAGGCAAAUCUCUCAGAA